CAUUACAAUGUCACGAAACUAAUAUUAAAUUAAUCGAGCCUGCCGUUUUCCAGCUUUUACUCUUUAUUGCGUCGACUGCAGAUCAGUGACAAGUAGCGUACAGAACGGAGCUGGGCAAGUGGCUCCUCCUACUUUGCGCGCUCUCGUGGAUGGGGAAACAAUUUUUGACGGGGGUAACUACUUUGGCACAACACCGGGACUGCCAGCGGACUGUGAACGCGAUAUACCUGCAGGACCAUCAAGUCCGCUCCUCGGUGCGCUGUUUGGGGGAUUAUCCGCCACAGAGACAGACUAACACAGCAUCUUCAUCUGUGGACUGAGAGAGGACAAGAUGCUGAAUUUCAGCCUGUGGGCUCUUCUGCCUCCCAUCUACUCUGUUUGUACUGCUACUGGACUGUGGACGGUGUACUUCAUAGCUGUUUACAAUAAGAACAUAACACCGCUGGGUUCAGAAUACAGGAGAAGAAAUGGCUCCCUUUAUCCUCCCUACAUCAGUAUUGCAGGCAACUUUCCUCCAGCCAGCUGUGUCUUCAGUGAAGUCAUGAACCUAGCAGCAUUUGUAGGGUUUUUUAUUGCCGUUUUCAGAUACCUGCAGCUGAAGGGCAAAAUUGACAAACCUUGGCUGAACAUUUCUAGUUUGGUGGUUUUUUCUAUUAGCUCCUUUGGAAUGACCAUUGUAGGAAAUUUUCAGGUAUUCACUGAGGAAAACAUUCACAACAUUGGCACCAUUAUGGUGUUUGGACUGGGAACCUUGUUCUGCUGGCUGCAGUCCUAUAUCACCCUGAGAGUUAACCUGAAGAAUGAGGGGAAGAUGGCUGCCAUCGCUCGAUUCCUGUUGUCUGGAUCCAUCACUCUUUGCAUGAUACUUUACUUCUCCCUGAUGUCUCAACGCCUUCACAUGCAUGCAAGUCGAUGCCAGUGGGUGCUCGUCAUGAUCUUGCUCAUCUUCAUCAGCACUUUUGCCAUCGAGUUUCGUCACAGCAGCUUCAGUAUUCUGUGCACAGACAGACCAGGGUAUCCCUUCCGUUGCUCAGAAACCUCUGAAGUGCCCAUGUAGCUGCUCAGUGAGCUGUAGGGUGUUACACAGGCUCAUGUUUAAGGUCUGAUGUUGUAUUUACAAGUACAUACUUAUUACUCAGUUACAGCUCUCUUUCAGGGGCGGAUCUAGAGAAAGUUUCUUAGAGUGGCAUGAGGGUGAAAUCAAAUGGGGUGGCAAAAUUACACGUUACAUUCUGUAAUCUGCUUUAUAUAUGGUUAAAAUACAUCAAAUGCAGUAAGUACACACGUUUCAUAUAAAUAUACUUUGUAACGUUCUUAUUUUCUUUAACCUACAUAAUUAAAAAUUUUAGUUACGUAAAACAUGACCGUGGCUCAGGGGGUUGGGAAGCGCACCUGUCGCCGGUUCGAUCCCCGGCCUUUCUGUCCUGGUCGUUGUGUCCUUGGGCAAGACACUUUACCCUACCGCCUACUGGUGUGGCCA